AAAAGCGGAAAAGGCACGGAAAUCGUCAACUGCAGCAAUGGCGCGUGCACUUCAAAAACCUCUUAGCUUAGCUUAGCGCGAUACUAAGUGGAACUAUUUCACCUCGCUCGUAUUUGCAGCUGUGUCGCUGCCGUUCGGUGUAGAAAAUGGAUGAAGUUCUGAUGGAAUCCGCCGAAUUUUCUGGCUGUGAUGCUCAGCUCGGAGUAGCAGAAGCUUGGGAAAGUGUCACAGCAGCUCUGAUGUCUCCAGGAUGCGGGCUGGAAGAUCAGAAGCUGUCUGCGUGUCUGGAGGUGCUGUGCGGGCAGGGUGCCGCCCAGCUUCUGGCCAGUUGGCUCCUGGAGGCGCUGCAGAUGCGUUUGUCCUCCUCGGUGGUACCGGAGUUCUGGUGCGGACUCAAGCAGGUGGAGAAUGAAGUGGAGGAAAGGGGUCGGGUCUGGAGUCUCCUCACCGCUUUCCGGACUCUGCUGGAACGCCUUCAGCCGUUUUUGGUGGGCUUGGAGAGGCUCGGGGCGUGGCAGGAUGAGGGCAUGGAAGGUCUGUGUGGCCCGGGGCCGCGGGGGCUCCGGGAGCGCGCCUUCACCAUCAUCAGGGGCCUCCUCCUCUUCCCGCCCUCGCAGCUCCUCCAAGAGCGAGUGCUCGACUUCUACAGCAGGACCUUCUCCGUCUACAUGAAUCGCAAGGGGGACGGGAAGGGCCACACCGAAGGUUCCGAGGGCCCAGAGGGGGGCGCCUGCUGCGGCUGCGGGGUCCCCGCGGAGGACUGCUGGUGUCAGGAGGCUCUCGAACAUCUGAAGGAGCUCAGCCACAUCCUGUCGAGGGUGGAGCUUCUGGAGUGGGUUAGCUGUGACGCCGUCACGUCCAUCCUUCACCGCCUCAUCGAGCAGUGGCUGGAGCAGCACUGCCGCGGGGAGUACGAGAGAUCCUUCUUGGACGACUUUCAGGAGUGGUUGGAGCUGGUGGUGGGCUGGCUGGGUCAGGUGUUCUCCAGCCAGGAGGUCCUCGACGAUCGUCCCGGUUCGGAGCCGGCCGGUCCCGCCGUCCCGGGCUCUUUGGCGUCGGCGGGUUCGGUGCUGAAGCAGUGGAGAUGUCACAUGCAUCAGUUCUUCUGCAGGAUCUACGUCAACAUGAGGAUCGAAGAGCUGUUCAGCAUUAUCAGAGAUAUGUUGUCGCUUUCAGACUUCCCGGAAUCCAAAGCUGCAAUUGAAGAUCUCAAGUUCUGUUUGGAAAGAACCAACCAGCGCCAGCAGCUCCUCACGUCACUCAAGUCCACUUUUGAGAAUCGCCUGCUGCACCCUGGUGUCCACACGUCGGACAUCCUCACCGUUUACAUCUCGGCCAUCAAGACCCUCCGAGAACUGGACCCGUCCAUGGUGGUUCUGCAGGUCGCUUGCCAGCCCAUCAGGAAGUACCUCAGGACGCGGGAAGACACGGUGCGUCAGAUCGUGGACGGUCUGACGGGCGACGCGGUGACGGGCUGCACCGACCUGGCGUCCGAGCUUUGCCGAGGCGACCCGGUCACGCUGGAGAUGCAGGACAGUGACGAGGAAGGCGGCGACCCCGAGGGCUGGACGCCCGACCCCACUGACGCUGUGGCCGACAAGUCGGGCUCCAAGCGGCGCUCGUCAGACAUCAUCAGCCUGCUGGUGAGCAUCUACGGCAGCAAGGACAUCUUCAUCAGCGAGUACCGCGCCGUUCUGGCUGACAGGCUGCUGCAUCACAACUACAACACCGCCAGGGAAAUUAGGAAUGUGGAGCUGCUGAAACUUCGCUUUGGAGAGUCACACAUGCACUACUGUGAGGUCAUGCUUAAGGACAUGGCCGACUCUCGCCGCAUCAACAGCAAUGUCUGCGAGGAGGAGGACGGGGAGGAGCCCGGGCCGUCGUCGUGGCUGUCGGCCAUCAUUUUGUCGUCGGAGUUUUGGCCGCCGCUGAAGGAGGAAAAGAUGGAGAUGCCCGAGAUCGUGCAGCGGGCCGCCGACGCCUACACGCGGCGGUACGAGAAACUCAAGGCAAUGCGGACUUUGAGCUGGAAGCCUCAGCUCGGCUCGGUCACGCUGGACGUGGAGCUGCAGGACCGCACCGUCAGCAACGUCACCGUGUCGCCCGUGCACGCCGCCAUUAUCCUGCACUUCCAGGACAAAAGUAGUUGGACUCUGGAGGAGCUCAGCGCCAAGCUGAGCGUGCCAAAGGAGGCGGUGCACAGGAAGUUGGCACUGUGGCAGCAGCACGGCGUCCUGCGCGAGGAAAGCGGCGGGCGCUACUCCGUCAUCGAGACGGCGGCGUCGUGCAAGGACAAGAUGGAGUGCAGCGCCGUCAUGAUCGACAGCGACGACGAACGCGACUCCAACACCGCCACGCAGACGCAGCAGAGGGAGGAGAAGAUGCGGCUGUUCUGGGCGUACGUGCAGGCGAUGCUGACCAACUUGGACAGCAUGACGCUGGAGCGCAUCCACUCCAUGCUGCGGAUGUUCGUGGCCACCGGCCCCGUCGUCCCCGAGAUGGACGUCAACGAGCUCGAGGCCUUCCUGCAGCGUAAGGUCCGCGAGCAUCAGCUCGUCUUCUCCACCGGCGUCUACAGGUUGCCCAAGACCACCUGAGGGAGUCUGAGGACUUCCGGAGACCACCUGACGGGCACAGGCGUCGGCUGCUGGGUUCUCCUGCCCGCCAUCGAUUCACAUUGGUUUCCUCGCAGCGGACGGGCACUAUCAGUCGGUGGUGCCAAUUGACACCACAGAAGGACGCAUAAAACAUUGGCUACGGUAUUUUUUUUGCUGGCAUUUUCCAUGUCGGCAAGUUACUUGGAGAGCAAACGUUAUCGUUUGUUGUUAUACAGUAAAAAAAAAAAAAAAAAAAAAAAAAAUUGCUUUUUUUUUUUCUUAUUAAAAACAUUUUAAAAUGAAUAUUGGAGUUUUUGGGAGUGGUAGGUAGAGAUUUUGUAACCUCUUUUCUGUUUUUCAAUAGCAUCCGAGGCCUGAUAAAACAAUGUUGCACAUGCACGCUGAUGAUGCUAGCCUGUAUUCCUCGGCUACCUCUUGUCAGUUCCAUUGUCACGAACAUGCAGCUUGAUUUGACCUCCUUUGCACGAGGCUCUCCAUGACUCAAGAAUGCUUCUAAAGGCAAGCAAAACAAAGGCCAUGUUUGCGCCCAGCAACACUCAAGGUUCCCUCCCUUUCUAUUAACACUCCGGAAGGUGAAGGGUUUGUUUUGAUGUGUAUUUUAUAUGGGUUUCUGGUUGGACAGAAGCCCAAACUUCAAACAUCACAACUGUAUGAAACAAGUUCACCCUGGGUUCCUUAAAUAGACUAAAGCCCUGCUUCUCUUCAGGUGCACAUAAACACCUGGGGCCUCAUGUACAAAAGGGUGCGUCCGCAAAGUUCAGAUGUAUCAGGAGUGCCUCACGCCAACUUCAUGGCUGGCGUACGCACGUUUCUGCAGCUGUUGGUGAUGCUGGGAAACUCUUCUCAUAAAUCUGCACAUCAGAGACACACGAACAAUUCGUAUUGAUGCCCGCCAACAUUUGAUUUCAACAAUGUAAAAGAGGCAAGGACUCAGAAUUCACUUGUUACCCAGUGUAUUUCAUGAACCUCUGAUAUUUGUGAGGACACCUAUGAACUGCUCAAGGCCAUCAUUUAUGCCGCCUAUUGCCCUCACAAUGCUUGGAUUCAUGCGUGUGCACAGAUUCAUACAUCUGGAUAUUUUUGUGCGUACGCCAUGUUUCAGCAGGAAGUCUUUGUACAUGAGGCCUCUGGUUACUGCUCCUUUUUUGCUCCCAGUUAGACUAUGGUGACACCAUCUACAGAUUUUGGGUAAACACGAACCACCUUUUCAGGCUUCUCUUGAGAUGGAACUCAAAGUCUGGUUACGUGACCCAUCAUUGCACACGAUAUAUAAUCUGGUUGGAUGGACUUGAUUUACAGUUUGGAGAAUACUGGCAUACUUUUAUGAAGGCCAUCUUGGGCAGAUUAGCCAGCGGGCGCGCUGGAGCCUAUCCCAGCUAUCUUCAGGCGAGAGGCGGCAGCUCACCAGGCCAGUCGCAGGUCUCGAACCCCGGUCCUCAGAACUGUGAGGCAGAUGUGCUAACCUGUUAACACGGCCGCUCAACAUUUUCAACCUUUCAAAAAUGUAUUGUUGUCAGUCUGUUGGGAUUCAAAGCUAACAUUCGCAAUCAGGUUGCUGAAACCAUUUUGGAUUUAAGACUUUAUUCGUGCAGUUGCUAGGCAACAAAGUUACAUUUAAAAAAACAAAAAAAAAAACAUUCAAGCCACUGAUCACACGUUUGUGUUAGUGUGUCCAAAGUUAGUUCGUGGCACGCAACAAGUGCAAAUAAAACGAUGUUUGUUGUUUUUCUAUUGCCAUCUUCCUCUUCUUUUUGGUCAUUUUACAAAUCCAACAACACAAACGUUGGCGCCACCUUCAGGUUAAUUUGACCCUCUGCCCAGCCAGGGAGGCUUCCAAUUUUCAUCAAGACUGAAAAACAUUUUGGAUAAUAAAAAAAAAAAAAAAAAAAAAAUCACACUACCAGAUUAAA